AUGGGAGACGCAAUUGAUUUGUCUGGGGAUGGAGGAGUCAUCAAAACCAUUGUGAGGAAGAGCAAGUCAGAUGCUGUGGCUCCAACUGAAGAUUUUCCCGUUGUUGAUGUUCACUAUGAAGGCACGCUCGCUGAUACCGGUGAAGUCUUUGACACUACACAUGAAGACAACACUAUAUUCUCCUUUGAACUUGGAAAGGGUAGUGUUAUCAAGGCUUGGGAUAUUGCCGUCAAAACCAUGAAGGUAGGAGAAAUUGCAAAAAUAACAUGCAAGCCAGAUUAUGCAUAUGGUAGCGCAGGAUCUCCGCCAGAUAUACCUCCAGAUGCAACACUGGUUUUUGAAGUUGAGCUAGUUGCCUGUAGGCCACGGAAGGGCUCUACUACUGGAAGUGUUUCAGAGGAGAGGGCUAGGCUAGAGGAGCUGAAAAAGCAGAGAGAGAUUGCCGCUGCUGCGAAAGAGGAGGACAAGAAGAAGAGAGAAGAACAAAAAGCGGCAGCUGCAGCUCGUGUGCAAGCCAAGCUUGAAGCCAAGAAAGGUCAAGGAAAGGGUAAAGGAAAAGGAAAGUAG